UUUACCCAUACAAUCAACAAUUUCACGAAGGCCGGAAAACAAAGGCGCAAAACGCCUGUAGGAGGUUCUUCUUUUUCUUCAAUUCAACCCAUUCAGAUCUUCACUUUGAAGAAGGCAAGAAACUAAGGACGCUGGUUUCUAUUACUCGUGGUUGACCUUAUCUCAAUCAAACUAUAUUAAUUCUAUGGUGGUCUCUAUUGAAAAAAAUAAAAUUGAUAGUAGCCAUAGAUUUUCAUGUUCUUCAAUGGUGCUCUCUGUUUUUAGUAGUUUGUUAGGUAAGUUUUUCGGUGUACGUUUCCUUUAGUCAGAGUUUGGAGAAGGAGAACUUCUACUACUCCUGAUUUUCUACAUAUAUGGGUUUCUUCAAUACAUGUUGAAAUAUAUAUGAUAUUUAUAUAUUUCAUUUAUAAUAUAAAAUAUAUGAAGUAUAUCUCUCGAUGUGGUAUUUAAUUUUGCUCAUUAUGUUCUUCCAUGGUCUCAUGUUCAUAAAUUUUCUUUCAAUUACAUGCUUGAUAGUUGCUAUUUUUGAUGUAGAUAUGUGUUUUUUUAAUACUCUGGCAAGGUAUUUGGGUAAGCAUUCUUGUAUAUAUUUUAAGAGAACUCUACAUAUUUCAAAAUUUAUUGUGAUAGCGCCUUUUAAUUUUAAGAAGAAAACUGCAAGAUCUGAACCCUUACAUUUCAAUUAGAAGCUUAAAAAAAUGAUUUAUUUUAUGAGGGCCAAAAAUGAUCCAAGCUGAGAAUUGUUUUUAUUCUUGUCCAGUGAGUGUCCUCAAAAAUUGCAUCCUCAACUUAUAAAUUUAUCUUUUAAAAUGUGAAAGGGUAUAUUGAUUAAUUUAUUAACAUAAUUUAAGUCUGGAUUCACUUUAUUUACAAUUGGGCUCUGGAAAUAAGAAAGACCCACAUCCUUGAGGCCCAUAAAACUAUUAAAAAGUCGAUAUAAUAAAGAGAAGACCCAACUAAGGGCAAAAUCUUCUCGUUCUUUUCCUCUGCCGAGCCCCAAAUCCCACUUCGCUCCUGUCACUGCCGCGAUCUCACUUUGCUCCUGUCUGUGUCUUUGACAAAGAUCCAGAUUUCCAGCCUUCAAGAAUCUUCUGGACAACUUCUGGACUUCGUUCCACACUACAACAACUUCAAACUUCGAAGUCCUCACUCCUCAGACCUUCUCAGUUCUCAGACUCAGUUCACUCACUCAACAAAGUAGAUGACAUCAAGAUCAACAUCAACUGGCAGUUCAGUAAAGGAUAAGAGAAAAAAUUCACCGGGACAAAGAUUAGAUCCGGGAUGGGAACAUGGGAUUGAGGAUGGGACUUCAAAAAAAAUGAAGUGUCGGUAUUGCAAUGUUACCCAUUUUGGGGGUAUAUUUGGGCACAAACAUCACUUAGCUGACACACAUUCAAAUGUUGAGGCGUGUCCAAAAGUCCCCAUAGAAGUGAGAGAACAAUUUAUAGAUAUACUUCAUGCUCGGUCGGAAGAAAGUCAAAAGAAGAAAAGGCGAUUAUAUGAUGUCGAUGAGGGUAAUGAUGAUUGCAUACUUCAACAAUCAAUUUCAAAGAAGCAAAAAGGAAAGGAACUUUUUAUGGAUAGCUUUGUAACAAAGAAUUCGGCACGACAAACAACAAUUAAUAAGAAAUUUAAGGAGGAGGAGAGAAAUGAAGUAUGUCAAAUCAUAGCCCGAUUUUUUUAUACAAGUGCCAUCCCGUUCAAUUGUGUGAACAAUCCCAUAUUUCCUCUUAUGAUUAAGAGGAUUGGAGAGUUUGGUAGGGGGCUCAAACCUCCUUCUUAUCAUGAAAUUAGAGAGACAUUCUUGAAGAAGGAAGUGCAGGAAACUUUAAAUGUCCUCAAGAAUUUUAGAGAAGAAUGGGUGAAGACCGGAUGUACUAUUAUGUUAGAUGGGUGGUCGGAUAGGAAAGGGCGUUCAAUAUGUAAUUUCCUUAUCAAUAGCCCAUCAGGAUCUAUCUUCUUGUCAUCCCAAGAUACUUCUGAUAUUUCAAAAACUACUGAAAUGGUUUUUGAAAUGUUAGAUGAGAUCGUGGAAAAAGUUGGGGAAGAUAAUGUUGUACAAGUUGUGACUGAUAAUGCUUCCAACUACAAAGCUGCUGGACACAUGUUGAUGGAAAAGAGGAAAAGGUUAUUUUGGACACCUUGUGCCGCUCAUUGCAUUGAUUUGAUGUUGGAAGAUUUUGAGAAACAAAUUAAAAUGCAUCGUGUGACAAUUGCAAAAGCAAGGAUGAUUGUUUCAUUCAUUUAUUCGAGAGCUAUGCUAAAGACUUGGAUGUUGAAGGAAUUCACUAAUAACAAGGAGCUUAUUAGACCUGCAGUGACAAGAUUUGCCACUUCUUACCUAACUUUACAGCGCCUUAACGAGCUAAAAGGAGGAUUAAUGACUCUUUUUGCAUCUAGAAAGUGGACGUCUAGUAGGUUUGCAAAGUUAGAUGAAGGAAAAAAAAUUGAAGGCAUAGCUUUAGACAAUCGUAACUUUUGGAAAAAUGUUGAUUUGUGUCUAAGAGCUACACUGCCUCUUGUUAAAGUACUUCGAUUGGUGGAUUCUGAUGAGAGACCAGCUAUGGGAUUCAUUUAUAAAGCAAUGGAUCGUGCCAAGGAGGAAAUUCAAAAGAACUUCAAAAAUGUUAAAAAAUGUUAUGAACCUAUUUGGAAGAUAAUUAAUGCAAGAUGGGAAUCUCAACUUCAUCAACCUUUGCAUGCGGCAGCAUACUUUCUAAAUCCCCAAUUCCAGUAUAGUCCAAGUUUCCAUUCAGAUGCAGAGGUGAAAAUAGGGCUAUAUAAUUGUCUCCAAAGAAUGGUUCCUGAUUCUAGUGAGAGAGUGAAAAUUGAUUGCCAAAUGGAUGCAUUCAAAAGUGCAAGAGGGCUCUUUGGUAUUCAAAAUGCAAUAUUGACAAGGAACAAGAAGUCUCCAGUUGAUUGGUGGGGAUCAUAUGGAGAUGAGUGUCCCGAGUUGAAGCGGUUUGCAAUUAGAAUAUUAAGCUUAACAUGUAGCUCUUCGGGAUGUGAACGAAAUUGGAGUGCCUUUGAGAUGGUGCAUUCAAAAAGGAGAAAUCGGUUGCACCAAAAGAAAUUGAAUGACUUGGUAUUUGUUAUGUAUAACAUAAAAUUGAGGGAGAGGCACAUGAGAAGACAAGCUGUCAUAGAUCCAAUUUGUUUCGAGGAUGAUGUCCCAUCUGAUGAUGAAUGGAUUACAGAAAAAGAGAAUCCAGCUCUUCCCAAAAAAACUAAAUGGUUGAGUGUGCUUGAUGACAAAAUCCAAGAGGAUGAUACCGAUGAAGAAGAUGAAGUGGAAAGGAUUACUAGAAAUGUAGAGUGUGCAUGCCCAUUGUUUAUUGAAUUGUGUAAUCUGGAACAAAUGGAGAUGCGUUUGGAAGUUUCAGAACAGUCCGUGGGCUUCAAUUGUGAACAAAAUGCAUGGAGUUUAAAUGGUGAUAGUAAUGCGAUGAUCUUGCCGGGAGAGAAAAGGAUAAAAAAGAAUGGCAAAAAUCAGGGACAUGAACUCGUUGAAACAAAGAAAAACCCGAAGUUGAGCAAAUCCCAGAAAAGAAAGCUGAAGAAGCUAGAGGAGGAGAAGGAGAAAGCAUGUCUAUUAGCUAAAAGCAUUGAGGCCUUGGAGAAAUACAAGAUACGGGUUGAUGCAUAUUCACUUAUGUGGUCUUCACGGAAUAUUGGUCAGGUUGAAACUGUCCGCGAAAAACGUAGGAGGGCAGUGCAGUUUUCGAAGGUGGGUUUAGGAAUUCCACACAAUGAUCAUUCCUUCAAGAGCAGGGGUGCCGUCAGUACUUUCUCUGAAACUGAACCUUAUGCUGACGAAAUCCACUCGAGACAAAACCAUGACGAUGAUAACUUUUUUCAACCAACAAUAGCAGCAAAAGAAGUCCUAAGCCAUGUUCCUGUUUCGUUGGGAUCUUUUCGAGAAUCAGUUUGCGGCAGUGGACUAGGUGCCAAUGGUGGACCUGAUGCUGCUUUUCCAGUAAGGGAAGUUGCCAAUGAGAGAGAUGACACAUGUAUGCAUGAUGAUGUGCCAAAUUCUUCCCCCACAUCAUGUGGUCAUGAUGGCAGAAAAAUUAUCCAGCCAAUGGAUGGCUCAGCUCAGGGUUCAAUAAGUAUCAACAAUAUGAGCAAUCUAGCAGAUUGUCCUCCUUUGACAGUUCUAACUGCCCCAGCUGUAGUGCAUGUAUCAAGACCAAAGGAGGUUGAGAACAAGAGAAAUGAUCUUCCAAUAGUCAUGAUGGAACAGGAGAUAAUGGAAGCUAUAUAUGAAAAUAUGAGUGUGAUUAUAUGUGGGGAGACUGGUUGUGGUAAAACCACUCAAGUUCCACAGUUUCUGUAUGAAGCUGGCUUUGGUUCAAACCAGUCCAGUGUUCAAAGUGGUAUCAUCGGUGUAACCCAACCACGUCGUGUUGCUGUCCUUGCAACUGCCAAGCGAGUGGCCUUUGAGCUUGGAUUUUGUCUAGGUAAGGAGGUUGGCUUUCAAGUUAGGCAUGACAAGAGGAUCGGGGACAAUUGCUCCAUCAAGUUCAUGACUGAUGGAAUUUUGCUACGAGAAGUGCAGAGUGAUUUCUUAUUGAAACGAUACUCCAUUAUAAUUUUGGAUGAGGCUCAUGAAAGGAGCUUAAACACAGACAUACUUAUUGGAAUGCUUUCCCGCAUUAUACAACAGCGGCAGAUAAUAUAUGAGGAGCAGCGACAAAAAGUCCUUUCAGGAGAAAAAAUAAGUUCUGAAAGUAAGAUAUUUCCAUUAAAACUCGUGCUGAUGAGUGCCACCUUGCGAGUUGAAGACUUUGUUUCUGGGAGAAGGAUAUUUUAUGAUCCACCUCCUGUAAUAGAAGUUCCAACCCGACAAUAUCCAGUUACUAUACAUUUCUCGAAAAGAACAAAGGAUGGGGACUAUAUUGGCCAAGCUUAUAAGAAGGUCAUGACAAUUCACAAGAGGCUUCCAGCUGGUGGUAUACUUGUUUUUGUUACUGGACAGAGGGAAGUAGAGUACUUGUGCAAGAAGCUGCGAAAAGCUUCAAAGGAUAUGGUUGAGAACUGUUCUAAAGGAAAUGAGGGAAAUGAUGUUACUGUAUCCUCUGAAGGGAAAAAUAUGGAUAAAGAUGAUAUGAAAGAUAUCAAUGAAGCAUUUGAGAUGCACGGGAACUUAGGCCACCAGCAAACUGACCGGUUCAGUUCUUAUGAUGAAGAUCAUGGUGAUUUAGAUGAGGAUGAGUCAGAUUUUUCCUAUGAUUCUGGGUCACAGAGUGACAUAGAAGUUGUUGAUGAUGAGAAUUUGUUGAACCAGAAAACUCUGGAGGCUAAUGGUAAUCUUGCAGAUGUCCUAGGCGAGAAUGGGAGCCUUGUUUCACUGAAGGCUGCCUUUGAAGCUUUGGCUGGAAAAACUACCAUGAACCCUUAUUCUGAAGGGAAAGAGAUUGUUCCUGUUACUCCAGAAGGAUGCUUAAAUCAAUCCAAAUCCAGCUUGGGAGAGGAAGGGGGAGUAUCAAAUGGUUUCUGUGCAGGUGCAAUGUGUGUUUUACCCCUUUAUGCCAUGCUUCCUUUAUCAGCACAGCUUCAUGUGUUUGAAAAGAUUAAGGAAGGAGAGCGUCUAGUUGUUGUUGCUACUAAUGUGGCUGAAACCUCUCUAACUAUUCCAGGCAUAAAGUAUGUAGUUGACACUGGAAAAGAGAAGGUCAAGAACUACAACUCCUCCAAUGGCAUGGAAACAUAUGAAGUACAGUGGAUAAGCAAGGCAUCUGCUGCUCAACGUGCAGGAAGAGCUGGAAGAACAGGGCCUGGCCACUGCUAUCGUCUAUAUUCUUCUGCAGCCUUUAGUAACACAUUUCCUGACUUCUCAAGUGCUGAAAUAUCAAAAAUACCCGUUGAUGGUGUCGUCCUCCUGAUGAAAUCCAUGGGUAUUAGUAAGGUCUCAAAUUUCCCAUUUCCUACUCCUCCGGAACCCACUGCAUUGGUUGAAGCAGAGCAUUGCUUAAAGGCUCUUGAAGCACUUGAUAGCAAAGGAAGACUGACACCCCUAGGGAAGGCAAUGGCACAGUAUCCAAUGAGUCCUCGACACUCCCGGAUGCUCCUUACAGUUAUUCAAAUCAUGAGAAAGGCGAAAGUUUCUGCACGUGCAGACCUAGUUCUAGGAUAUGCAGUUGCAGCUGCUGCAGCUUUGAGCUUGUCAAAUCCUUUCGUUAUGCAGUUUGAAGGAAGCAAUGCUGACACGGAUUGCUUAGAGCAAAAUGAAAAUUCUGGCAUUAUAGAUAGCAAGAAAAUUUUAGAGAAGGAAGAGAAGUCGAGGAAAAAGAAACUAAAAGAAACAGCUAAAGUUUCCCGUGCAAAAUUUUCUAACCUUAGAAGUGAUGCUUUGAUGAUAGCGAAUGCUUUGCAGUGUUUUGAACUUUCUGGAAGCCCAGUGGAAUUCUGCAAUGACAAUGCAUUACACGUAAAAACCAUGGAGGAAAUGUCUAAGCUGAGAAAGCAGGUACUUCAACUAGUAUUUAGCCAAAAAAUUUAUGGUUUGCAGCAGGAAUAUUCAUGGACUCAUGGGACCAUGGACGAUAUAGAUCGAGCAUGGAGGGUUUCCUCCGAUAAGUAUCCUUUGUUAUUGAAUGAAGAGGAUGUAUUGUGCCAAGCUAUUUGUGCUGGUUGGGCUGAUAGGAUUGCUAAACGCACUCGGGCAGUUUCAGAGUCGUCAUCGGGAGACCGAAAAGUAAAUGCAGUUCGCUAUCAAGCUUGCGUGGUCAAGGAAACAGUGUUCCUUCAUCGGUGGUCAUCUCUUUCUAGGUCUGCUCCUGAAUUUUUGGUAUACAAUGAAUUGAUACAUACAAAACGACCAUAUAUGCAUGGAGCAACAAGUGUGAAAUCAGAUUGGCUUGUUAAAUAUGCUGGGCCUUUGUGCAGUUUCUCUGCCCCCCUUGCAGAUCCCAAACCCUAUUAUGAUCCCCUUACGGACCAAGUCUUCUGUUGGGUUGUUCCGACUUUUGGCCCUCAUCUGUGGCAGCUUCCGCUGCAUAGUUUGCCCAUCAAAGACGAUGAUCAUCGAGUGGCUGUCUUUGCUCUCUCUUUGCUUGAAGGCCAUGUGUUACCUUGCUUAAGAUCAACCAGGAAAUUCAUGGCAGCCUCCCCUGGUAGCAUUUUGAGGCCAGAGGCAUUGGGUCAUAGACGGGUUGGGAAUCUUCUAAGCAAGUUAAAUACAAGUUUGAGAACUAUUGAUAGCUGUGCCAUGCUAGGAGAGGUCUGGAAUGAGAAUCCUAGAGAAUUACAAUCGGAAAUUAUGGACUGGUUUCAGGAGGGAUUUCAUGAUCAAUUUGAGGAGCUCUGGGCAGAAAUGCAUCAUGAAGUCCUUUUAGAUCCCAAAGAACGAUUCCCCAAAAGGGUCAAGAGAGGGAGAAGGGUAAAAUAAACUGGUUUAGUGAAAGCUAAAUAUGGAAUGCCUCUAUAAAUUAUAUGUUUCCAACUCUAUAUACACAUUUCCUCAAUGAUUCUUCACCUACUCCAAACUUUGGAGAAGAAAAAUGUGCUCCACAACUAGGGGGAAAAAAUGUGCUUCACAAUUUAAUUAUCCAUUGACGAUGGCUCCAUUUCAGCGUUGGAAAUUGAAGCAAGGUGGUUGUGAUCUUUUUCAUGAUACAUUGGUAGAAGAGCCCAUGCAUGUCUGUGACCAGCUCAUGGACCAAAAUGUUACUUUGGAUUUAGUACGGCAAGAGGCAGAGAUGGCUAUCUGUGCUAGCAAUGAUUUUCAAGCUGUUACGGAUCAUAAAUGUCUAUGCAAUCGUAGCUUUUAGAAACUAAGGGUCAUGGGAAACAAAUGGACGCCUAUAUGGAGUUUCUUUAGGUGGAUUUUAUUGAAGGACAACCACCAUUGUUCUAAUAUUUGGAUGACCACACCAUAUUCAGGUGACCGCUCAAAGAUCUACAUGUGUCAGUUAAUCGAAUAAUAUGGAGGAGCCCUGAUGGUUUGUAAUUUGGUGAGUUUGAUUUAUUAUAACCCAAAUGGUUUUGAUAGGCACUAAAUUAAAUGUUUUUGUUGUUUUUUAACAGGGGUUUCAUAAUCAAAACGAAUUGUGUAAUUUAUAUUGGAGGUAUAUUUGUAAUAGAGUAAUAGUUGUCUUUCUUCGUAAAAUUUUGUGGUUCCAGUUUGCUA